AGAUAAUGAAAAAGAAUGGUUAACAUGUAAUGAUUGUUCAGAAAAGAAGAAAGGCAAAAGAUCUAAAUCUGAUACAAUGCAAGAAUUUUUGAACCAAUUCAAAUAUUAUGUUGAUGAUACUGUUAAUAUGGAAGAAAUCUGUGAUGAUGAAGAUAAUGUUUUGUAUGAGCUUGUUGAACUAGAGGAGCUA